GUGGAUUCAGAGCGGGGCCAGUUCCCGAGAGGCUGAAGGUGCUUUCUGCCCGAGGUGCACCUGCGCCCGCACCUGCUCCUUGUUCGCUUCAGCGCGGACAUUGACUCCACAAGUGCCGCGUGACUCUUGAUCGGCUACCAUGGCCUACCCGGGAUACGGAGGAGGGUUUGGGAAUUUUGAAGGUCAGAUGCCAGGGAUGCAGAUGCAAAUGGGCCAAGCAGUGCCGGGAGCUGGUCCUGGCAUGGUACCUGGUUGUUACUCUGGAUACCAGGCAUACUCUGACAGGUACUCCCAGGCUGAUGACCCUAUGUGGGCUUACUUCACUGCUGUUGCUGGACAGGAUGGUGAAGUGGACGCUGAAGAACUUCAGAGAUGCUUGACACAGUCUGGAAUUAGUGGAACUUAUGCUCCUUUCAGUUUGGAAACCUGCAGAAUUAUGAUUGCCAUGUUGGAUAGAGACUACACAGGAAAAAUGGGAUUCAAUGAAUUCAAGGAACUUUGGGCUGCUCUUAAUGCCUGGAAGCAGAACUUCAUGACCAUUGAUCAGGACCAAAGUGGUACAGUAGAGCAACAUGAAUUGAGUCAAGCCAUCACCGUUAUGGGUUAUAGGUUGAGUCCUCAAACUUUAGCUGCUAUUGUGAAACGCUACAGCAAGAAUGGCAGAAUUUUCUUUGAUGACUAUGUUGCUUGCUGUGUGAAGCUUCGAGCCCUGACAGACUUCUUUAGGCGAAGGGACCACUUGCAGCAAGGGUUUGUGAAUUUCAUAUAUGAAGACUUUUUGCAGGGCACUAUGACAAUUUGAAUACCUGGAAUUCAAAAGGUGAAGAAAUGCUGUGAAUCCUUUUGCUUGCUUAAAAUGGGCUAGACUAUGUAAACUGAAAAGUUUGCAGUCUUUUAUAUUCCUGUUAAUGUUCUUCCCUUUCUGUGAUUUUCAUCAGUUGAAUGGAAUAGAAAACAUGCCCUUUUAUUUGGGAUGUUUUGCAAAAGUUAUCACAUUGCAGGUAUGCACAUGCUAUCAUCAACUGUUCCUAUUAAUAUAUAGCUAAUUGACAUUGGUACAUCUGAGCCUUAGGGUUAUAUUUUUUUAACAAUAAAAGCCUAUAGGAAUGUACUAACAUCACAGAUCACAUAAGAACAAAAUAAUGAAAGUCUAGAUAAAGCAAUGCUUAUCUAAAAAGUACAAAUUAUACUUUUGAUUUUGUUCAUGUUUGUUGGUGUUGGAGAGUCAGCUAGAAGAGGAAGUCUAGACUUGAUUUUAUGCUGUUGUAAUAGAGUUUCUUUAAUCAUAUCAUCAGAGAACAUAACCUUAUGUUCUCUGCCUGUGAAGAAGAAAAUAGUAGUUCUUGAAAUUUUAUCCUAACUUAAGUCUAUAAUGAAGUAAGAGUACAGUAGUCAUUGUUUUACCUUUAAAUUUUUUUAUCAUUGCUUUUUGUUCUUAAAUAUAUUAGUACCUUUGAUAGACCACCUCUUUUUCAUGUACUUUAAUUGAAUAUCCUCUAGGUGUUUAAGGAAAACUUCUACUUUUGUUCAGCUUGUUUCAUAAGGCAGAGUUUUACUAUGUAGCCCAGGCUGGCCAUAAACUUGUGAUCUUCCUUAGCCUCUCCAAGUACUGAGAUACCAGGCUUGCACCCCUGAUCCGUUCCAGAAAGUCUUAAAAGAAGUGUAGCAUUGCUGUCUGCUUUGUUUUGCUAGCAAAGGCAUAGAUAAUCUGAAGUACCAUCUUUCUUUAAAUAUUCUUUGGAAAUGACUCAUUUUUUUUAAUUGAAGAAACUUUUUUU